AUGGUCAACAUCCAGUACCUCGCGCUGGCGGCGGCGACGACCUCGACGGUCGCCAGCAGUCGUGGCAUCAAGCAGCGCCCGAUCACGUUCGCGCCGCCCUUCAAGAGCAUCGAUCCAUCGUACUUUUCGACGAUUCUCGGGAGCUUCAAGACGUGUGUCAGCACGUGCGUGAAAACCACGUCGUACGCCGACGCGAGCAAGGACGCGUGGACCGCGUUUGGGACGCUCGGCCGCUACACGGCGUGUGCGACGUCGUGCGUGGCCACCGAAGUGCUCAACACGGUCGGCUACUACAAGUCGACGUACGGGCUCAUCUACGACGUGUACGCCAACCACCUCGAGCAAACAAAGAAGUACCUCGCCGGUGCGUCCGACUUCGACAUGAUUGGCAACCGAACGCGCGUCGACUACUCGUGCUGCCUCCCGAACGAGUACUUUGUGCCGUGGGAGCAAGUGACGGUCGAGGUCUUUGCGUUUUACGAGCCCGCAGACAAGUCGUUCAAGGCCAACACCAAGCUCAACGACAACGGUAUUCCCGUCAACGUGCGCGCCGACAAGUACCUCGACUACUGCGCGCAGGACAAGGGCAAGAACCCAAAGUUGACGGCGUUUGAGGCAAACUACCUCGACGGCGGCGACGGCACGGGCGGCCUCAAGCUCUACUGCGACGAAGGCCUUUUUUACUACCUCUCAAUCCUCAAGGGCAACCUCGGCCAGCAGAUCAUUCAUCCCGACUACGCCAAGCAAGUGCCUAAUGGCGCGUGCACGAAGCGUACCAACUGCGACGUGACACUCAAGCCCAACCCGGUCGGCGUCUGCUACGACGGCAGCGUCUGUAUCGUCGAGAAGACGCGCAUCGUCGACGAUAAGGGCUCGAGCGUCGACUCGGAGGACGAGUACGACUACCUCACUGACACGGUGGUGACCAAGCCGAGCGAGAAGGGCACGUGCGACAAGGUCAAGCUGCUCUGGGACAACAAGAAGAACCGGUACCUCGAGCUCACGAUGCUCAAGGUGAGCGGCGCAAGCCUCAACCUCUUCAAGGUCACGGGUCUCCCGCGUUUCAAGUCGUCAAGCCGACAGUGUGAAUUCUCUGGCGAGCUCGGCACGCGCGACAUCAAGAUCGUCAACAAGCUCGCUGUCGAGUGGGUGUGGGACCCGCUGGACUGGGUCUGCUCCGAGUGGUACCAGUGGAUCGACUUCAAGGGUGACGACGGGAAGCGCUACCACCACGGCAACGUCGAGUACUGCAACGCGCGCCAGUACGCCAACCACCUCACGCGUGAGCUCUUCGACUACACGCAGUGCCCGUUCUACGACUUCCAGCUCAACCAGGAAAAGUCGAUCGCGGAUCUGUACCAAAGCGAAGACGCCAGCAGCAUCGAGCUCUCGACGUUGUACGGCAUCUUCGACUUCAACCCGGGCUACUCGAUCGCGUGCCUGUACCGCAUCGUGAGCCUCAAGUGCGACUGCAUGCGCGCGGUCGUCAACUGCUACGAGAACGAGAAUGCGUACUCGAGCGUGCUCGGCAAGACGCUCGGCCGCGCGUCGUCGAUUCUCUGCGGCUUCAUCUUGUGCCAGCAGCCCUCGAUCUACCGCAUGUUUGCCGACGCCGACGGCCUUCGACACACGGUGAUCAUGUCGGAGAUUUUGCUCCAGACCAACUUGCUGGAUGCCACGUCGCCGUCGUCAGUGGCGGCGAUGGUCUUGGUCUCGUUUGGCCUUGGCAUGGUCGCAUUUGUUGCGCUCAAGCACGCGCGCGCGGCGACGACCGCCAAGAGCUCGAUGGAAGACGGAUAUCGCAAUCUUAUUUAG